GAGGUUGAAGAUUUCUUCCACACUGUUCAUUCCGACAAAAGGAGAAUCCGUAUUGCAGGAUUGUAUGGAAUUCCGGGCCAGGGGAAAACUACACUUGGCAAGGCUUUUUGUAACUUCAAAUUGAAGGAUUUUGAAGGCAAAGUAUGCCAUCUGGAAUUUUCCAGAGGCGAUUCGUUUCAAAGAAUUAAAGUUGCCCUGCAAUAUCUCACUUUCUGCCAUCAGUCGCAUCUCCAAGAACUGAUAGACCAAGAUCAGGCACAAGUUGAGCUUUAUAGAAGAGUGGAGAGCAAAAGGGUAUUGUUGGUGCUCGACAAUAUCACAGUAGAAUAUAUAGACGAAUUGGAGUAUUAUCUUAAGGCAGAGUUGGGAGAAAACAGCUGGAUCCUUUUGAGCGCUCGGAGUGUAGAUGUUCUAGUAAAGCAUUUCAAGAUAGAUAAGCAGUCAUGCAUGCGCGUACCAGGGCUCAAAGAGGAAGAGGCCAUAGCCAUCUUGUUGGAAAGGACAUCUGUAGAAGAGUCAACGUUGGGGACAGAGGACAAAGCCUUUGCUGUCAAGUGUGCUGCAGACAGAUGUUUGUUUAAAGAGAUCGGUCGUGGAGAAGGAACAUUUCAUCCGUUAGCUUUAAAAACUUUUGGUAGCCAUCUCUUCACUAAAUACGGUCCGCAUUUGUCAAAGUGGGUUUGUGAGAUAAAAAGCUGGGUAGACCGAUGUGGUUAUGGUUUGGAUGACUUGUUUGCUGUGCUGGGCAAAGCUUUUGACAACAUGUGUCCCGAAUAUCGCAUGAUAUUCAUGCUUCUCACCCUCUAUAUACCGCCUAAUAUGUCUCCCAACAAAGUUACCGAGUGGCUGGCAAUAAUUCUCAACAAAGAUACCCCGUCUAUUGAGAAAGCAGUUGAGGAUCUCUGUAAGAAGGCUUUUAUUGAAGAAUCUAUACCUGGAAUUCGCAUACACGACCUAUAUUUUGAGUUUGCUCAAAGCAAAGCAAAAGAAAUGGGGAGAUGGCUGUGGUGGAAGGGUGACCAACAUAGUACACGUGGGUUAAUAUCAGAAGAAAAUGCGGGGUUUGAUUUGGUUAAGUUGGAGCAGUGCAUGUAUCUAAGAUCGUUCCAGAUCGCCCAUCAUGACCUUCAAAAUUUGUUGGUGCUUCAGCUUGUAGGUGUGCAGAAAAUGAACAAACUUGCUUUGGGUGGGAUGGGCCGUCUCAGAAGUAUUACAUUACAUAAUUGCAAAGAUCUGGUAGUCCUUGAAGGUAUGGUAAAAUUGCAACAGUUGGCGUGGCUUCAGAUAAGUGAAGUAAAUCCAAUGUUUAAACUUCCUAAGCUAAGCAGCCUCAAAGGUUUACGAUAUCUUGAGAUCAAUUUAGCAGGCAGCCAGGUGAUCAAUAAGCUGGGAGAUCUUACCGAUUGUGCUUUUCUGAGAGAGAUUAAUGUUUAUUGUCGAUCCCUCUUGGAGUUCCCAAGGUUGAAAGGUUUGCGGUAUCUGGAGAAAGUGGAAUUUAGAGUGUGUGAUAAAGUGAAGGGGCCCCUCGACUGUACAGAAUGCGUGGAGCUUCAAAGUAAUCUCAGCAGCCGCUUCUGGGUUUUGCCACCGGGUAUCUGUAGACAUAAUAAACUAUCCAAAACUGUAUUGUGGGAUCGUGAUGCAGUGAAGGGAUGUCCAGAUAUAGAUGUGCCGAGUGCUUUAGAGGCAUGUUUAGAUACAGAUGUCCAGAUAGAGUCGUUGAAUGCAUCAAACGUUGCUACAGCGCUCAAAAGUUUAGUGUCUUUCGACGGACUGAAAGAUCUUCAAUUAUGGAAUUUCAGGAUUUUAAAGGAGCUUCCGAGUUUCAGACUCUUUUCAAAUUUGAUUGUGCUCAAAGUUGGCAAGUGUGGUAUAAGGGAGCCCCCGGAUCUAACAUGUUGUGUCUUGUUGGAGGAUGUUUGGUUUUCCACACUAGAAAAUUUACAAAGCUUUCCCGACUUCUCACUACUGAGGAAGUUAAAGAAGUUAAGAUUAUAUAAUUGCUGCAGGGUUGAAGAUUCUCCUGAUCUUAGUGGUUGCUAUGAAUUACAGGUAUUCCAUCUAGUCUAUAACGACAAUAUUAAAGGACUUCCCAACAUGGGCGAGUCCUCGCAAUUAGAGGAAAUCAAAUUGAGUUGGUAUUCUUGUAAUGAGGAUAUUCAAUCCUCUGUGGAGCGCCCUGGAGAAGAAACCUUCUCAAAUUUAAGUGAUGUAAGCGCGCCAGACACAUUGAAAGAGUGGGAGUGGCUAGAGGGCAAGACCAUUAUGGGAAUAAGGUAUGUCCGUGGAGGGAAGAUGUAUUAUUCUAUCACGGCUCCCUAUGAAUCGCACGACCGAACCCAGUUUUUGGGAAAAGUAACGGUAGAUGAAAGGUCAAGGUUUCAACCCGCGGCAUGUGUGAUUGCAUAUUUUUUUUUGGCGUUAGUCAUAGGUUUGAGUUUAUCAGUUCGGUAUUUAAUGCUGGCUUUUACGGUGAGAGCAACUACUACGGUGAGAGCAAUUAAUAUAAUAUAUUUUGUGGGAUGUGCAUGGUCGUCUCUCAGUAUGUGGUUCGCAAUUAGGGAUUCACUUAAAGUAGCAGCUGCACGGUUUCUCGUGCAACGGAGAGUUGAUAGGCGAGGGGUUUUUCCGUGAUUAAAUAGGUGAGAAGUUGAAGCAGCAGAAUGUGAAGGGAAGUGGAGUUAUUUGAAAAUAGAGGGAAAUAUAGAAUAGGGGAAAGGAUCCAGCAGUUGUGCAUCCUAACUUCGCACUUCUCAAAAUCUUACUUGGAAAUUUCAAAUCACUCAGAUUUUUUUACAGCAGCUUACUUGGCAAGUCUCCUGCUUAUAACUAAGGUUUCAGGGCCACAUCAUCAAAUAUGAUGCCACAUCAGCAUGCUUUUUGCCAAGGUGUCCAAAACAGCCCCCAAACAAGUGAGACCAAUAGGCAUGCAAAAGAGACCCCAAUAGUUGUGCACCUGACAUGGCAUCACCUGAUUGGUUACUUUUUACAAUAUUAGUACAUUUCUUAACAACUAUUGGUACAUUUCCUAAUAACUUUUGGUACAUUUACUAACAAAAAUUGAUAUUUUUUGUUUCAAACAAUAGGUUUUAUUUGUUCAAUUUUUGGAACAAAAGGUAUCAACAACCCUCACAACAAUUGGUACAUGCUCAACUACUGGGUCCUUUCCUAUAUUGGAAAAAUGUAUAUUAAAAGAGAAAAAUGGAGGUUGUUUUUUUU